UCUGUAAUUCGCCACGACGUCAGUAACAGCCAGCUCUUUGUGUCUGUCUGUUUGCAACUGUAAACCCCAGCGACCAAUGAAUAUUACGCGUUUAACUGGAAACAAACUGCAGCACAAGAUAACAGGAGUCAAACCCACCGAAGUGAGUUCGGUCUCUUCCCACUGAGUACCUGAGCUGCAGGAGCCGCCGCGCUGCGGAGGUGUGACCGAGGGAACUAGGGCGUAUAAUCACUUCUCCGAUUUCCGGGGUGCCACGAUAAGGAACACGUUCACGACAACAUCACCAGGAGUAGAUCAGGGACAGUCUGCCAGCAUGGGUGACAGCAGAGCACAUGAAGAAUGGAAAACGGCUAGACUUGAUGGAAAGACUGUAAUAAUAACUGGUGCAAACACUGGAAUUGGCAAAGAGACUACAAAAGACCUGGCAAAGAGAGGAGCCCACAUUAUAAUGGCAUGCAGGGACACAGAAAAAGGAGAUGCUGCAACUAAAGAAAUAAUAGAGGAAACUGGAAAUUCUAAUAUAGUAGUGAAGAAACUGAAUUUAGCUGAUACCAAAUCUAUUCGAGAGUUUGCAGAGCAAAUCAAUAACGAACAACAGCAGGUUAACAUUCUGAUCAACAACGCUGGGGUAAUGAUGUGUCCUUAUUUGAAAACGGAAGAUGGCUUUGAGUUACAAUUUGGAGUCAAUCAUUUGGGUCACUUUUUACUAACCUAUUUGCUAAUUGAUUUGUUAAAACGAUCUACUCCUGCUCGAAUCAUAAAUGUCUCUUCAGUGGCACAUAAAAUGGGAACAAUUCAGUUUGAUGACUUAAAUAGCGAGAAGAGCUACAGUUCAGUGAAAGCCUAUGGACAGAGCAAACUAGCCAAUAUUUUAUUUACAAGGAAGUUGGCUAGAAAACUUGAAGGAACAAGUGUGUCAGUCUUUGCUUUGCAUCCAGGCGUGGUCAGAACUGAAUUAGCCAGGCAUUUGAAUCCUGUAACCCGGUUUGGGUUGGCAUUGCUGCGACCUUUUACCAAAUCUCCAGAAAAUGGUGCCCAAACUACAAGUUAUUGUGCAGUAGCGCCAGGACUGGAGAAAGAAACAGGACAAUAUUUCAGUGACUGUGAUCGUGCACCUUGUUCAGCAGCUGCCUGCAAUGAUAAAACUGCAAAGAAGUUGUGGGAAGUAAGCUGCCAAAUGCUGGAAAUUGAUUGGCAGUGAGAAAUUAAUAUGAUGUGUUUAAGCUCAAUUUACUUGUACUAUUUUAAUUAACAAAACUUGAGCUUGUAUCUGAAUAAUAGAAUAACAUUAAUUUUGUCAAUAAUUUUUCUGAAGUAUGAUAGUUCUCGUGAUAUUUACAUUGUUUAUAUUUAUAAGCUCAAUGUAGGCCAUAUGCUUAGAUAUAUACAGUUUUGUUUCCUUUUAUUGCUUUAAUCAUAAUUCUAAUGUUUCUUAAAAAUUGUACAUUUUCUUUAUAUCUGACACUACUGUCCUUUUCUGCUUGCAUUAAUUUGCCAUUUUUGUAGUGCCUUAUUAGCAUAAAUUGAAUAAAAAUAAUAUGAUAUAUUGAACUUAUGGCUUUAAGAUGUUGUACAAUUGACUGUAUCAUCAUCUGUUUAUAUAGGAGUAGAAUAAAAUAUU